UAGUAGGAGCUGGUGCGCUCAGAAGCUCAUGCGCUGUGGACCUGGAGACACGGGAGACUGGUGCUUAUUGUGAACUGUUCAGUAAUACACGGAUUUGUUUUUCAUUUUUCCAAUUUCAGCAGAUUCGAAAAGGCCCCUGCUGUGAAGAAUACCAAAAGUCUACUUGACUAGUAAGCGACGACUUCCUGCUUUGGACAGGAUGGGGAACGGUAUAUCAGAUCAGCCUGCGAUCUUCUCCUGCCUGCCAUCUUUUCAAUCAUUCCACAUCGUCAUCCUUGGAUUGGACUGCGCUGGGAAGACUACAGUUCUGUACCGAUUACGUUUUAAUGAAUUUGUGAACACUGUUCCGACUAAGGGUUUCAAUACGGAGAAGAUGAAAAUAUCGCUAGGAAAUAAAAGGCGUACAGCUUCUUUCCACUUUUGGGAUGUCGGUGGACAAGAAAAACUACGUCCACUUUGGAGAUCGUACACACGGUGCGCCGAUGGGAUUAUUUUUGUGGUGGAUUCAGUUGACACGGAACGCAUUGAGGAAGCUAAAACAGAACUGCACAAAAUCACUAGACUAGCGGAGAACCAAGGAGUGCCCGUGCUGGUGGUGGCUAACAAACAAGACUUGAGGAACUCGCUAACGCUAGCUGAAAUGGAGAGUAUGCUAGCUUUGGGUGAGCUUAGCAUGGCGACGCCUUGGCACCUACAGCCGGCGUGUGCAAUAAUCGGUGAGGGGCUCCAAGAGGGGUUAGAGAAGCUUCACGCCAUGAUUAUGAAGAGAAGGAAGAUGUUGCGGCAGCAGAAGAGAAAAAGAUGAAAAUUUAGCAGUUACUUGAUGGAAUAUAAGAAAGCAUUGUGUUUGCUGCUGAAGGGACGCAAUGAAGUGGUCAUAGUCAAAAGCUCUCCAAAGUGGGGUUGGAAGAUUGACCUGUUGGGCACAAGCAGGACUGACAUGGUCUGAUGAACUGGAUGGAGGCAAUCUAAGCACACUACUGUGAGCCUCUAAGAACAUGUGAAGUCAACUAAGUUUAAAGAUGGACUCUGUUACUACUCUAUGUGCUGCUUCUAUGUUCUGAAAUCACCAAAGUGUUCUAUGCCUUUUGAGCAGACUGAUCUAGACUGUUGGUGUAGUGACAGUAUAGUGUUAUGUGUCCAUGUUGCACAGUGAGAGUUUGGACUCUAUGUUUACACCAAUGCUAACGCUAAUGAUCCACUGGAAACAGAAAGCACAUGUCCUUAAACACUGUUUAAAUUGAGAAUGGAGAUACCAGACUUUGUGUGGAGAGUGGGCAGCUGUUGAAUCCAAGAGGGAGGCAGCAGGACCUGAAUGGGAAGGACCACUGGGUCUGAAGGUGCCCAGUGCAGUGCAAUGACACUGGGUCCUUGACCCUUUUACAUGAGCCGGUGAACGUGGACUAUCAGUAUUAUUUGCACAAUAAAAUGUUAUGACAAUCUGCCAGCUAACAUGCAAAUUACUAAAUAAGGAAUAUAGUUUAGUUGUUCAAAUUGAGCUGCUACAAAAGGGUUUAAGGCCUAUCACCAAAUUGAUUUGGCACUUAGGAACUUCUUUCACUAAGAACAAUCUUUGUUAGUUUGCUGCUGUUGAGUACAGUGCACCUUAAGCAAGUUGAUAAAGUAUCUCCAUGUAUAAUUAGCACAUAGUUUGUAGUUGUUUUCCUUCAGCUCUAAGUUAGCUAACAGCUGUGAUUAGUCUUGUGUAAUGUGUGAGUGGCAGCAGCAGCUGUCCCAGCAGGCUCUCCCUACUGUUACACUGUUACCUGCGCACACUCACAUGCUGCAGGCCUCUCAAUGCACUUUAGCCCCUUAUCCUGCAAUAGACAACAGUGGAGACUCUGGAUCUAAUGAAGUCAAUACUGAAGAAGCACAUUAUAAUGUAUAUCCACUGUCAUAUGAGCUGGAUACUGUUGAUGAUGUUUUGCUCUCACUUUUUUUUAGCAAAGUCAUUCUAUUUAUGUGUUGAUCCUCUGUUCACCCGAAUAAAUCUGAGUAAAUGAUGAUA